AUGACUAACCAAGAAUUCCAAACCCAAGAUACUGUCCCGAUUUGUACAUGUGAUCAUGAGGAUGAGAUCAAUCGCCGGGUUAAGAAAGAGGUCGAUGUUUUAUGUCAGCAAUUACUGGAAUAUAAUGAAAAAAAUUUUGGCAAAUUUAUGCGAGAAAUUACUAUAGAACACGAGAAUCGGGUCAAAGCCAAUAAGAAAUUACGAUGUGAGGUUGAAGAAAAGAAGAUAGAAUUGCAAGAGGCAGAAAAAUUCCUAAAAUAUCUGAAAUCUCGCUCUAUUGCGGAGCAAUGGCUCUUCGAGCCUACUCAUUAG